ACCACACGUGGGUCCAUAGCAGGAAAAGCAGAUGGUGGGAUGAGGGGGAGCUCAGGCCCAGGUAUCCUGUCGGGGGGGCUUUGAGGAGCCGCCACCAUCUCCCACAGCUGGACAGAUUUUUCCAAAAACCUGGAAUCAUGUCCUACGGAUUUGUACUGAAUUUCCAGGGGUAGGUGGGAGGCAUGCUGGCAUUUCUGAGGGAUGGCGAGCACUAGCCGGUAUGCAUGAGCGAGACGGGGCCGCACGCACACGUCCUAUGAAUAACGAGAAGUGAAAGAGGACAAAAGGCGAGAGCAAGGCUUAGGGACAAUGUCCUCGGCGAUGGUGCGCACUGUUUCCAGCAGGAUCCUCUACUCGGAGGUCAGAAUGCCGUCAGAGGACGAGGAGAUGGGCAGCGAGAGCUCGGGUUCGGAAGAGAGGCCGCUCCACCUGGACGGCACCGAGGGUGGUUGGAAGAGCCAGCCGGGGGGCAUGGCACUGCCCCCGGUGGUGGAGGUGCAGCAGCGCAACGUGGCCAACGCACGAGAGCGGGAUCGCACCAACAGUGUCAACUCGGCCUUCAGCGCCCUGCGCACCCUCAUCCCCACGGAGCCGGCCGAUCGCAAGCUAUCCAAGAUCGAGACACUGCGCCUGGCGUCCAGCUACAUCUCGCACCUGGGCAACGUGCUGCUGGUGGGCGAUGCCUGCAGAGAUGGGCAGCCCUGCCACAGCACCUCCGCCUACUACCGGAACGUUCCAGCCGGCCGCUACGCAGAGAACCCACAGCCUAAGCAGAUCUGCACCUUCUGCCUCAGCAACCAGAGGAAGAUGAACAAAGGCAGAGACAGAAAAUCAACUUUAAGAAGUUAAUCAAAGAGGGACACUGAGGAUCUGCACCAUUUCUUUAAAGAACAUCAAAUACAUGGAACAUCCACUUGGCUGCGUGUGGUUCUAUGAAUAUGUUCCAGGUGUCUGAUUCCUCAUGGGCCGCAAAGGACACCUUUUCUUGCUGACUGCCUUUUGUCUGAUGCCUUCAUGAGUUUUUCCUAAAAAGGUCCUCAUCUGACACUGGGCUUUGUCUGCUUGGUCCAACGCUCUGAGUUUUCUUCAGGAUGCAGGGACUCCUUCUCCAGCACCUUGGAAAUAAACCUGAAGACUGGAUUACCCGCCCCCCCCUCUCUCUUGUGAAAGGAAACAGGCAUCCUCCCACAGAAGGAAAACCCUGAACCCAUGUGCUCCCAUGAGCCCCUGCUUGCUGGGGUGGGGGAUGGGGGAGUGUGUUAUGGGGGGGGCCUUUAAAGCACCUCCCACCCACAGGUGCUCUCUCCAUGAGCGUGCUGGACCUUAUUUCUGUUCUUCACCUUUGAUUCUGAGCAGCAAACGUACAGUUAACACUGAAAAAUACAAAGGCCGUAAAGCGUGUGCAGUUAUUGAUUUGUUGAGGGGGGGUGCUGGUUGAUGAAUUUUUUUACUGACGGGGAGGCUGGGUUAUGGAUCCUGACAAGGAAGAUGAGGGGCAGAGGGGCAGUGGGGAAGUACGACACCCCCCCCCCCACACACACACACACACACACGCACGCACAUACCCCCAAGCCCGGCUUGUCCAGCUGUGACUCCUCCUCUGGUCCCUCUUUUCUCUGGUAUCACUCCCCCCUUUCAGAUACUCUGCACAAUAAUCCCACCUUUCCACAGAAAGUAACAGUCACCUGCUGGCUGUUUUGUCUGAACACAAACAGCUCUGGACAAAAUAGAGAUCAAAAGAUGUUCAGUUCCACUCAUUUCUCAAUCUAUGGGUAUGUGUCUGUGUUAAAAAUACAUUUUUUUUAACUCCAA